AUGAUUUUUGUAUACGCAACUUCAUCCCAAAAUACUAGGUGUCCAUUUCAAUAUUUGUACCAUUUUGGAGAUGGGGUGACUGACGUGGGCAACUCCAUUCUGGAUCUCCCAUGGGGGCCUUCACUUCCGGCUGCACGUUCGCCUUAUGGUCGAACCUUUCCCGGUUGGCCUACUGGCCGCUGGGGUGAUGGUCUUAUUGAUUUUGAUUAUGCAGCUGCUGAGUUUGGAUUUCCACAUAUAACUCCCUCUUUGUCGAGCAAUGCUAGCUCUAGCAACGGAGUCAUAUUCUCAGUAGCAAGAAGUCCAGUCCUCGACCACACGUUUUUCAAAUCGAGAGGCGUCAAAAUUCCAACGUAUGCGGUUCCUCUUAGCCUUCAACUAAGUUGGUUUAAAGCACACCUAAAAUCCGUUUGCACAUCGCCAACAGACUGUGCAAAUAGGUUGGGAAAUUCUCUAAUACUGCUGGGAGAUAUUGAAGCCAAUGACGUGGGUUACUCACUGAUUCAGGGCAAAUCAAUUAGAGAAGUACGGACUUAUGUACCUUACAUAACAGAAGCUCAAAUACGUGCGACAAGAGAGCUUAUCAACAUGGGUGCGAGGCAUAUAGUAAUUCCUGGAAAUGCUAUAAUUGGUUGCUUUCCAUAUAUCUUAACUGCAAUGCGUAGCAAUCAUCCCGACGCUUACGAUAAUAUGGGUUGUCUUAAAAGUGUAAAUGAUCUAAUCGCAUAUAAAAACGACAAUCUCCAAGCAGCUAUGAGAAAUCUGAGCAAAGAGUUCCCAGAAGUUAGCAUAAUGUAUGGCCCGAUGGACGAAGGCAUGCGACAAGUCAUAACCGAGACAUUAGCAGGCCCGUUUAGAAACACAACACUGCAAGCUUGUUGUGGAAUUGGAGGAAAAUACAACUACAAUAGCAGAAGGUUUUGUGGGAGUCGGGGUGUGCCUGUUUGCUCCAAUCCAAACAAUUACAUAUUCUGGGAUGGUUUGCACAUGACGCAAGAAGCCUCGCUUCGAAUCGUUAGGAUUCUCAUUCAGCCCGCACUUUCUACACUAAAUUGUGCAACAUAA